CUGAAUAUCCACAUGAACAUGCUCCCAAACUAUUAAAACAAGGCAGUCCCAUGUCGAAGAGGAUAUGUCUUUAGCUUGGAGCUAUAAAACUUGAUCAUUCUCCAAAGCCUUCUCAACCAAGCACUCAUACAUUCCUUUAUUACAUCCCAAAAGCCUUUCUCAUCUUCAAAAAGCUCUCUACUUUCUCUGUUUGAAAACCAACAAAAUGAUUAGUACAAAGAAACUUAUCAAAAUGGCAAAGAAAUGGCAAAGAUUAGCAGUUGCCAGUAGAAGGAGAAUUUCUUGGUCAAGAUCAGUGGCUGAUAAGGGUCACUUUGUUGUUUACACAAGCGAUAAAACAAGGUUUAUGAUUCCAUUGGCAUACCUUGACAGCGAGAUUUUCAGAGAGCUCUUCAGAAUAGCCGAAGAAGAGUUUGGAGUGUCGAGAUUGGGGCCAAUCAUGCUGCCUUGUGAUUCAAAUUUCAUGGAGUACGCGAUCUCUAUGAUCCAAAGACAUGUAGACGAGGACUUGGAAAAGGCAUUGAUCAUGUCCUUAGCUAACUGCAGAUACUCAUCCUUGUUACAUGAAAAUCAACAACAAACUAGUCAGCAAUUACUUAUCUGUAGUUUCUAGAAAUUAUUUUUAUAAUAUUUUUUUGGUAACAAACAUGUACAAUUUUAGCUAGAUAGCUAAUGAGAAUUCCUAAGGAAAUUCAAAUCAACUAUUUUACUAUUGUGACAA